GUUACACCUAUGCCGCGAAGCGCGACGUUCUCGUUCACGAACGCCGCGGAAAAGUUCAUCGUCGUGGAAUGCGCGAGCGACGAGGAACAAUACGCGCGCGGAGCGUAGGACGCGCUUGUGGCCGCGCCGCUUCCGGCGCGGAACUCGAAGGGGGAACGCCGCCGUCGUCGUCGUCGUGGGAAGGCGGGGAAAAGACGGGGCCGAGGGAGGGCUUUUAAUAUAACGCACCGUAAUUGCACGCUGCUGUAACCGUCCAAGCUACUUCGCGUUUUCGGGCAUACCAAGGGGACGACGGAAGAACCGUGAAAGAUCACGAAGCACGCACGCACGCUCCGAUUCGCCCGGCUACGAUUUGCGUUUCAAAUCAUAACCUAAACCGUGGACCGAUAGGUGCAAGUUUGAUGCUCUGAAAAAUGUUUACACUCCAGAUGUAAGAAGAUUACUCUCAUCGCGUCGCACAAGGACGGUGUCGUAGACGCGCGCGGAUCCGCCGGCCGGGAGAAGAAGCCGCGCGCGAAAGAAGAGAAGUUGAAGAGACUUCGGAAGCGGCCGAGGCCAUCUGUUACGCUCGGUUCCCACGCUUCCGCUGCCACCACCGUCGCGCCUCGGGGCCGGCAUUUUAUUCCGGUGAGACGGCACGGAGCGCUCGUGCACGAAAUUCCGCGAAUCAUACGGGCACGGGGAGAGAAAAGAUCGAGUUCCAGUAGAGCAUAUGCAGCAUCUGGCGACAAUAUUGAAUGCGCGGCUGUCAGGAAGAACGGUUCCCGGCGGUGGAAUUCUGCGCACGCAUCCUCAACGGUGUCAACGGUCCCGACGAGCGAAAGAGAGAGAGAGACGCGUUCUCUCUCUCUCUCUUUCUCGCGGAUAUCGCAGCAGACGCACGGACGUCGGCGUCGCGAAUACAAACGCAGCGAGACGGCACAGUUUCGUACAACGGAGUCGGAAUGGUCAUCUAGAUGCGGUUAAUUCGUUGAUCAAGAGGCCAAAUGUAUCGACUAUUGAGCGAAGAAACUGGAACGGCUACGGAGUAAUCCGAGGACUUUGCAGCUGGCAGCCGCCUCCAGAAUGCGAGCCAGUCGGCAACAGCUGCAUUGAACCGAAAGCAGCAGGCUGCCGCCCAAUUCAAUCGACAGGACGGCCAGGGCGUUUGGUCGCGCUUUUUCUUUUCUUCUUGCAUACACAGGUGAAUAUACGCAGUCCAUAGAUUACACUCGAUUGACUAUAUAUCUUCGUAUCUAACUUCUAAAAUAGUAGGUAAAGUACACUUCAUAAAUGCCGCAAAACUUAUUCCUUCAAAUAAGAGCGUACCACUUUUGCAAACGCGCGAGGCGGUAUGUGCGCGCGUACCCGACACGCGGAUCGCUGAAAAUGAAGACUUCGUGCAAUAUCGAGACUGCGAAGAGAUGCCGGCAUGCAUUUCCUUGCAUGUAUUGGACUCGUGCGGGAGAGGAACGUGAAUGAUAGCUUUAGCUUGAUAUUAUGUACAAUUUCUUAUAUACAAUUUCCUUCGUACACGUGCGGAGCAACUGCAUUGAUCUCGGACUUACCGUUUCAAAUAUCCGGCUGACAUUAUAGAUCAACGUCGAAUCGACUCAGGUCGGCCAGGGAGCGUCGUUGAGUUGAGAUGGGGAAUAAUGUUAGCACAUCAAGGCAUAUUAUGUUGCAAAUCAUCAAGCAUGGCCACCAGAGUUCUCGUAGUAACUACCGAAUCGGGUAACUCGUGCAAGAAUUACCUCAUCAAACGCAAUCACGCAAAAUGCCAAACAAGUUUACCUCAAACUCGUUUUUACCCUAGACUGUCAAUCUUGUCUCUUUAUCCUGAACUGCUCUCGGGCUGGUAAUUAUCUUAAACUGUUCGCACUAAACGCGGCGUUUGCUCAUGCGUCACAACGCGCGUGUGUACCGGAAGAGAUUGUAUACGUCAUGCGUUGCGAUGGUCAAAGUGGUGGACCCAACUUGUGGCGAUGUUUGCCCGCGUUUCUUACGAAAUACUCGCGAGUAUCGUCGCGGGUAUCCGAUAUAGGAACGACAUCGCGCGUCGUCCAGUGCUCUCCUCCGGCUAGUAGAGUUCGUCGAACUUGGUAUGUCUGUAUCGUGAACGGAGGCGAGAGCCUGGGAGACGUCCACCACCCUCGCGGACGGCAAAAUGAACGCGCGCUUAUCAAAGCGGAGAGCGAAACUCGAGUCCGCGACUGUUGUCAACGACAGUAUAACAUUGACUGGGCAACGCGGGCAGUCGUAUUACCAGACGACGAGCGAGCAUACGUGCGUGCGUAUAACGUACGUACGUACGUACGUGCGGUGAGAGAUCGGAGCCCCACUACGCGCUAGGCGAAACUAAAGUCCCUCGGGAUAUUACGCUUAGCAGCGACGGCAUACACAGUCCAUGUACAAACGUCUACUUGGUUACGAAGGCAGGUGGCGGUAGACAGGUGAACGUGUUGGCGGAACACAGGAAGUGUCGGAGACAGGAGAGGCGAUACAAAAGCUACUAUGGUGGGGAACGACACCGAAGGAAGAAGGGAGAGUGAGAACUCGCCAAGAAACUUGCCUAGAAACAGAAUUACAGAGACUCACGGCGGCACGCUUGCGUUAAGUUACAAUAGCGAGAAAAUUGCCAAAAAUGAGACACUCGCGACGGGUUUUUAUGGGGAUGUCGAAUCCAUCUUUAACAUGAUUAAUAUGCAUUUAAUUAGAUCAAAUAUAAUGAACUUUUCUGUCAACAGGAAA